AUGCCUGUCCCCUCCCUCUACGACAUAGCCCGCAGCCGGAUAAUCUCCAACAUCUCCAUGCUGACCGACAUCGGUGACCUCCCCUACUCCUUCCUAGCCCCUAUCCUUAAGCACAUCCAAAAUCCGUCUCAACUGCUUGAACUCGAAACUACGUGCCCCCAGAUUCUCGGCGAAACCGGCGAAAUCUGGCUCCGCUUCAUCAAACGCGACAUCCCUAACUGGGAUAAAAAACCGCAUCAACCGCGCGAUCCCUCCAACUGGAGCAAAGUCUACCGAAAGCUGAAGCGCGAUGCGGAAAGAGAACAGGAGGAGCAGGAAGAAGCGUUGAGGCAACAAAUGCGCGCGUUGCAGAAAGAUCGGAGUGAGAAUAAAACAACAAUUGUGAACGCGAACGUGGGCUACAAUCCUGCAGCUCGGCGUCGCGGCGGCGGUGGGGGUCGAGGUUUCAGCUCGGCGUCGAGUUCGUGGGGUCCGGCGCCGACGAAGACGGGGAAAGUCGCGUUGGAUAAAUUUAAGAGGGGGAUGUUUGAUCAGAAGCAGGCGCGGCCGAAGGUGACGCAGAUCCCGGCACAUUUGCUGGAGGAGAGGCGUGGGAAGGUGGCGCAUGCGCCGGAGCGCAUGAUUAGGAUGAAUGAGAAUAUCGAUGCGCCUGCGCCUGCGCCCAAGAGUAUGCUGGUUCCGAGGAAGGCGUCGCUGGCUGGGAGGGGUGUUCCGCAUCCCGCUCUCCACAGACCGGCUAUUUCUUCGAGACCCCCACCACAGUUAGAACAGAACGCAAAGAUGCCUGAGAAGACUGUGAGAACUUCCUUACCUGCAGAUAAGCACUUUACAGCACCCAAACUCCAAACACAGACGCCCGCUGCCGCAGCGCCGCAGAAGAGAAGGAGAGAAGAAGCGAACCCAUUCAUGCCGAGGAAAAGAAGACCGUAG